AUGCAUUGUCUGCUAUCCACAUCAGUAUGGCUUCUCCUCCUGCUGGGUGAAGCCACCGGACUCCGCAGCUUGCAACAUGUCGGCAGAAGGGAUCCAGAAUGGCUACGAUCGGUCUUGCUACAGGACUACGAAGUGCCAACAGAGUCGAUAGAGGAUGUGACUAUAACAACAACACAGACACGCGGUCUGGUGCGCAGAGCUCAACCUCUUUUCCUGACGGACAAGACAAGAAAAUUUGCUGUGGAUGGCAACGCCAUACCCGAAGUCAAGUUCGAUGUGGGCGAGUCCUAUGCUGGACAACUUCCCAUCAGCAACAACACGACCGAGGAGAACAAGCUUUUCUUUUGGUUCUUUCCGAGCCAAAAUCCAAUGGCAAAAAAGGAAAUCAUGAUAUGGUUAAACGGAGGGCCCGGAUGUUCAUCCAUGGCAGGUCUGAUGCAAGAAAACGGCCCUUUUAUGUGGCAGAGCGGCACUUUUCGCCCAGUCAAGAAUCCAUACUCAUGGACAGAGCUCACCAACGUCGUCUGGAUAGAGCAGCCCGUUGGCACCGGCUUCGCCACCGGCAAGCCCAACGCCACCAGCGAGGAGGACGUGGCUCGCCAGUUCCUCGGCUUUUGGCGCAACUUUGUCGACACAUUUGCGCUCCAGGGCUACAAGGUCUACAUCACCGGCGAGUCCUACGCGGGCGCAUAUUGCCCCUACAUCGCCGACGCCAUGAUCAAGGCCAACGACACGCAGUACUUCAACGUGACCGGCAUGCUGAUAUACGACCCCGUCAUCGGCGAGGACUCCAUGCAGGCCGAGGUGCCCGUCAUGGGUCUCGUCAACGCCUGGCCGGGCCUGUUCCCCUUCAACGACACCUUCCGGGCCGACCUGCAGGCGAGGGAUGCCAAGUGCGGCCUGACAGAGUUCAUGACCAAUGGGCUGAGCUAUCCGCCCAAGGGCCCAUUGCCAUCCGUGUCGCCGAUCGAGAAGGAUAAGGCUUGUGAGAAAAUCUUUGAUGAUGUUUACAGGGCUUCAUUCGAAAUCAACCCCUGCUUCAACAUCUACGAGAUCACCCAGUCGUGCCCCCUGCUAUGGGAUGUGAUGGGCUUCCCUACCUCUUUGACCUACGUCCCCGAAGGCGCAACCGUCUAUUUCAACCGCAGCGACGUCAAGCGCGCCAUCCACGCCCCGGAAAUCGACUGGGAAGUGUGCAAGGACGGUAUCUUCCAGAACAGGACGGACCGGUCGCCGCCGUCGUCGCGUGCGGCGCUGCCCAACGUCAUCGACCACACGCAAAACGUCAUCAUCAGCCACGGCGCGCUCGACAUGGUGCUCAUCGCCAACGGCACGCUGCUGUCCAUCCAGAACAUGACGUGGGGCGGCAAGCUCGGGUUCCAGUCGCGGCCGUCGGCGCCCUUCUACGUGCCCCGCCACCGGCAGGACUUCAGGUCCAAGCAGGGGCUCGCCACCCUGGCCGGCAGCGGCGUCAUGGGCUUCACCCACACCGAGAGGGGCCUGACGUACGUCGGCGUCGAGAUGAGCGGCCACAUGGUGCCCCAGUACCAGCCCACCGCCGCCUUCCGCCACAUCGAGGUCCUGCUCGGCCGCGUCGCCAACCUGUCCUCCACCCAGCCCUUCACCACCCAGAUGAACUAUACCCAGCCCAAGCCCUCGGAGCUAGGCGGGCCUCCCGCCACGGCAAACAGCCCACAGGGGGGAGCGCCUGGGUCCGGAAGGGGUAGCCCCAAGUCCGACUCUCCUCGGCUGUCCUCACCUAGCGCGCUUUUGCCUCUGGCCAUACUGGUCAGCUUGGGCUUUGCGUUAGUUUCCUGA